UCGACGUGGACCGUCGCGCGAACGCCGUCGUCACUACCGCCGUACAUAUUCACCGUCGGUUUAUUUCUUUUGGAUUUUUUUUUCUUGUCCAACAAAUAGUUUCUACCGUUUUUGGGUUACGACAUCGGCGUCAGGAAAAACGACGCGAUAUUAUCCGUACGCAAUCAGCAAAUUUCGAUCUCUUUGUGUGGGUGGCAUUGUCGAUUGUCCCUACUGAAUUACCGGUUCCGGUAGGCGGAAGACACGAUCAACCUCAACAACAACGAAAAAAGCCGCGAGCGCGAAAUGAUUAUGCGUUGACUUGGUGUAAACAAAAAAAACUCAGCGAGUAAACUGUGUUACUGGGGAAAGAGAGUUCAAGUGCGUGCAUGAACGCAACUUCCCAGGCAAGGCGGGCACCCGAAAACUGAAAGCUGGAAAAGCUAAAGCGAAACAAGUGAGCGAGGUUUUUAAAACAACCGGCUGCCGGUGGCCGGUGGCUGGCGCAAUUAUCGUAAUUAGAGGAUUAUCGUGCGAUGUGCAGCGCAGUGGAGCUAAUGGUGGUUGCAUUCCAAUUCGGUGAACCCUGAAAUUUUGCUACAUUCGUCUAGGUACAUGAUGUUGUUGUUGUCGUCGUCGAUUCUGGGAAAGAAGCUAAUUCUAAUGAUGAUUAUGAUGAAGGGGAUUUACUGUGCUGCAAGGAACUGAUCGUGAUUUUUUCACUGCUACAAAAGUUACCAAUUUACUCGAUGGGUGUGCGAAAUGAGUCAAAUCCGGAAUAUGAAUUGUGUAAUAUUUCGUUGUACUAGAAGCAAACACCGUAGGGUCCGGGGUUGUAGUCACGGCUGGUUUUGUGAGUAAAAUUCUUCAAGAAUUCAGUGUAUUAUGCAAAGAGUUUUUUAUACAGAAUUGGCGUAUCGGGCGAUGAUAGUAUUCACAUAUUUGUAUCAGUAGAAAAAAGUUGUUGCAAUGCUGCAACGAGCCGGCCACCCCUUACGCAUAGCACGGAUGUAAAAGCGCUUGGAAAAAGGAUGAUCUACUGUACGGAUGCGACGGAGUAUAAAUGUCAGAAGAUCGUUGAAGAUAGCAUUAUCCAGCUUGAAGCAUCUAAAUAUCUUAACAGAGUUUGUAGUUAUUGCCAUUCUUCACUCGCUGCGGAGUCAUCAGGAUUCGCAUUCGUCAACGGGCACUUCUAAUGGAAGGGUGUCUGGUGCCACGGUCCGUUCCACCAUUCGAGCACUGGCUGUGGGUCCCACCGAUCAAAUCGAGGCCACCACCGAACAGCGACCUACCGAGUAUCGGGAGUUGAGCCGACAUUUGUGCCCAAUCGACCAUCAACCAUUCCAGUGCGUCUGUAGCCUAUGAGUGAGUUUGCGACUUACCGCGUUCGAGUUGAAACGCGUUUUCAAUUUUCAAAAUCAGCAAAACGCAUCUUUAGGCAAAAUUAGUGAUUUUAUAUAAGGAAAAUGAAGCGGAAAAAAGUGUCUAUUGCCAAAAUGCGUUGUGUUAUACGGCAAUCCGCGUCUAAUCUGUAAGUUCCGUUUUAGAUGUCCCGAUAAAAUUGGGUUCAAAAAAGUAAAACCCUACAGCUGUAAGAGUUGAAACCGUUUGUGUCACGGAAGAGAUCGCCUGACAAAUGCCAAUAAAGCUGAUGGUGUUAUUUGUGUCAACAGUGAAAGUGCCGCACGGUAACAGAGAAUCAACAUUAUGAAAGUACCACCUUAAGAAAUUGCACACAUUGGAAGUGUCUUUGCAAGUGUCCUUACUUGGUCCUAGUAGAAAAAGUGUAGUUAAAUAUUUGGUAUUUUGAAGAGAAGCGAUUAUUUAUUAAUCACACCGUGCAAAUGUUAUUGUGCUAUUAUCUACCUAGAAGAUAUAAGAAAAUUGGGGCCAAAUUUCAUAUUUACCAUACUAGCAGAUAAGUGACCAACGAAUCCAACGACAUACCAAAUAUAAUCGCAUCCUGCUAACACAACUUCAAUACCAAAGGAUACACGAACCGCUAAUGAGAAUUUAAUCCGUUCUAUCCGUCUGCAAGAAACAGCUAGAACCUUGCCACCUGGAAUAUGACCACUAUGGGCAAGAACAACCAAACAGUGGAUAAGCAACAAAACGAACGUAGAAUACGAGCCAACGAUAGAGAAUAUAACACACAGUUUAAAUAUGCGAACAACUACAUCAAAACGUCCAAAUAUAGCAUUUUAACAUUUCUGCCUUUGAACCUGCUGGAGCAGUUCCAACGUCUUGCCAAUUUUUAUUUUUUAUGCCUACUGAUCCUGCAACUAAUACCGGCGAUAUCGUCUCUGACCCCAGUCACCACAGCGAUCCCCCUUAUCGGGGUACUGAUGCUAACGGCCAUCAAGGAUGCGUACGACGAUUUUCAACGGCACAUGUCGGACUCGCAGGUCAACAACCGCCGGUCGAAAACGCUCCGCCACGGUAAGCUCGUGGACGAGAAGUGGUCCGGCGUGCAGGUCGGCGACAUCAUCCGCAUGGACAACGACCAGUUCGUCGCGGCGGACAUUCUUCUACUGUCCUCGAGUGAACCGAACGGGCUGUGCUUCAUCGAAACGGCCGAGCUGGACGGGGAGACGAACCUCAAGUGCAAGCAGUGUCUCGUGGAGACGGCCGUCAUGGGUAACCAGGAGGAUCUGCUGUGGCGAUUCAACGGGGAGAUUGUGUGCGAACCACCGAACAACCUGCUGAACAAGUUCGACGGCACGCUGAGCUGGAAGAACCAACGGUACCCGCUGGAUAAUGACAAAAUCCUGCUGAGGGGUUGCAUUAUCCGGAACACCCAGUGGUGCUACGGCGUGGUGAUCUUCGCUGGCAAGGAUACCAAGCUGAUGCAGAACUCGGGCAAAACCAAGUUCAAGCGAACUACCAUCGAUAGGCUAUUGAAUUUUAUUAUUAUAGGGAUAGUAUUUUUUCUGUUAUCCAUUUGCGGAUUCUGUACGAUAGCGUCUGCCAUAUGGGAAGCGAUAGUAGGUUACAAAUUUCAAAUUUAUCUGCCAUGGGAAAACAUUAUUCCAAAGGAUUACCUACAAGGUGCAACCAUCAUCGGAUGUCUAGUCUUUUUUUCCUACGCAAUUGUACUGAACACAGUGGUGCCAAUUUCUUUAUACGUAUCCGUAGAGGUGAUACGUUUCGCGCAAUCAUUCCUGAUCAACUGGGAUGAGCAGAUGUACUACGACAAGACAAAAACACACGCCAAGGCGCGCACGACGACGCUGAACGAGGAACUAGGUCAGAUUCAGUACAUCUUUUCGGACAAGACGGGAACGCUGACGCAGAACAUUAUGACGUUCAACAAGUGCAGCAUAGCGGGAAGGGCGUACGGGGAUGUGAUCGAUCUGCGAACCGGCGAGACAAUCGAAGUGUCCGAGCCUUCAUGCAACAGUAACCCGCCGCUUUUACUAAACACUGAAGAGUCAUCUGGUCGCAGUACACCUCAGCCAAGCUCAGCCUUAACCAUCAACACCAAUACGAUCUCCUCCACUGGUAGUACAGCAACGCUCAAAGCCACAUCCAACUACGAUUACCACCAGCUGCCAUUGGAGCAACCACAACCAAAACACGAACAGCAUACCCCGAUCAGUCCCCACACUGACGCCACAACACCUAGAAAACUUCACUCGUCACUUCACGUUACGUUCAGUCAGCACAACAGUAGUCGCGAAAGUAGAACAACAACGCCCACUCUAACGAAAACACCCGACGUCACUGAUGCCCAUGAAAGAGCGUCGAUCAUUUUAACCUCCACACAGAACGAUACCGCUGCAAAGCUAGAAAACACUACGACGAACUCCACAACGACAACAAUCUCGACGAUCACUGAGCCGCUGAGCGGGAGUAACAACAAUGAGCAGGGAGUGCAUGUCACCGAACCGGUGGACUUCACAUUCAACCCAGAGUACGAACCGGACUUUCGAUGGUUCGACCAGGGUCUACUGGAUGCGGUUCGAGCGGACGAAGAACAUGCUCACAGCUUCUUCCGGCUGCUCGCUCUGUGCCACACAGUGAUGCCGGAGGAAAAAAACGGGAGGUUAGAGUAUCAAGCACAAAGUCCUGACGAGGCAGCACUCGUUUCGGCAGCAAGAAAUUUUGGAUUCGUGUUUCGAUCCAGAGCACCUAAUAGUAUAACAAUUGAAGUGAUGGGACGUACGGAGGAAUAUGAACUGUUGAGUAUUUUAGAUUUUAAUAAUGUUAGAAAGCGAAUGUCGGUGAUAUUACGGCGGAACGAUACCAUACUAUUGUACUGCAAAGGAGCCGACAGUGUGAUAUAUGAUAGGUUAGGAAACAAUCAGCAGGACCUGAAAACGAGAACGCAGGAGCAUUUAAAUAAAUUCGCCGGCGAGGGACUCCGUACCCUGGUGCUAGCUGAACGACGACUGACCAAGGAGUUUUUCGAUUCCUGGCUCCUACGACAAAGAGAAGCUGCCUUAUCACUAGACGCUAGAGAGGAUAAGCUGGGUGCAAUCUACGACGAGAUUGAGUGCGAAAUGCACCUAAUCGGAGUAACGGCGAUCGAGGACAAGCUGCAGGACGGCGUGCCGCAGACGAUCGCGAAUUUGCAAAUGGCUGGCAUUAAGGUCUGGGUUUUGACGGGGGAUAAGCAGGAAACGGCCAUCAAUAUCGGCUACUCCUGUCAACUUUUAACGGAUGACAUGGUAGACGUAUUCAUAAUCGAUGGACUGACUAAAUUGGAAGUUGAACAACAGUUACGCAAGUAUAUGGAAUCGCUACGCAUCGUGAACACCUAUCAACCAACGAGUAAGCUUGAUGUCAUCAGUUUAUCAGAAGAGAAUUUCAGUUGUUCGAUUGUAAUUUCAGCCUUGCCGAAGUCUUCGUUCAACCAGUCCAGUGAACUUACCGGUGUGACGGCCAACGGUGGCAAUACCAGAAGUACCGGUCCAAUGAUCGAGAUCCAGAACUCAUCGCCCCCAUCCGUAUCGGUGGUGACAUUUAGUGUAAAUGCUAGCAACUAUUCGGACGCGGUAACGAAACCCGAUUCGACGUUAACCGAUCUGGACGAAGCUGCUGGAGUAGCGCUAGUCAUCAACGGCCACUCGCUGGAGCACUGUCUGACGAGUGAGCUGGAAGCCAAGUUCCUAGACAUUGCGUCGCACUGUAAAGCGGUCAUCUGUUGUCGCGUUACACCCCUACAGAAAGCGAUGGUGGUCGAGCUGAUCAAGCGAGCCAAGGAUGCGGUCACACUGGCCAUCGGCGAUGGGGCCAAUGACGUUUCGAUGAUAAAAGCGGCUCACAUCGGCGUCGGAAUCUCGGGGCAGGAAGGAAUGCAAGCGGUGCUAGCCAGCGAUUACUCAAUAGCUCAGUUUAAGUUCCUCGAACGGUUGCUGCUGGUGCAUGGGCGCUGGUCCUACUAUCGGAUGUGUAAAUUUUUGCGUUAUUUUUUCUACAAAAAUUUUGCAUUCACUUUGUGCCAUUUUUGGUAUGCAUUUUUCUGUGGCUUUAGUGCUCAGACCGUGUUUGAUCCGAUGUUCAUAUCCGUGUACAACCUGUUUUACACAUCAUUGCCAGUACUAGCGUUGGGGAUCUUCGAGCAGGACGUUUCAGACAAGAACAGCGUAGAGUAUCCAAAACUAUACACACCCGGAAUCACCAAUGCCUUAUUCAAUACAACCGAGUUCAUCCGAAGUGUGCUGCAUGGGAUCUUUAGCUCGCUGAUACUGUUCCUAAUACCUUACGGUACCUACAAAGACGGAAUUUCCCCCGAUGGUUACGUACUUAACGAUCACAUGCUACUGGGUUCGGUAGUAGCAACGAUCCUGAUUCUGGAUAACACUGCCCAAAUCGCCUUGGACACAUCCUACUGGACCGUGUUUAACCACAUUAUGAUCUGGGGAAGCUUGCUGUGGUAUUUUUUCCUGGACUACUUCUACAACUACGUGAUCGGUGGGCCGUAUGUCGGUUCGUUGACCCAAGCCAUGAAGGAGGCUACCUUUUGGUUCACCACCGUACUGACAGUGAUCGUACUGAUGGUUCCGGUACUGGCCUCGCGGUUCUACUUUGUCGAUGUGUUCCCUGGCUUAUCGGAUAAGAUUCGCGCGAAACAACGGCUUGCACAACUCCGAUCGAGGCAAAGUAAUGAUGUACUACGGACUCCAUCGGCUCGGCGCGCGAGAAGAUCACUUCGGUCCGGUUAUGCAUUUGCUCAUCAGGAAGGUUUCGGCCGGCUCAUCACCUCUGGUAAAAUCAUGCGGAAGCUUCCGCAGGAUUUUGCCUUCCCACUUGGGCUGGGUAGUAAAAAGCAGCAGCAGCAACAGCAGCAAUUGAACGCGGACCAGGAAGGGAUAACGACAAACAAGACCAACAAUGUGGCUAGCAGCACCAACAAUGCCAAUAACAAUAACAAUAGUACCAAUAACAACGCUAACAACGUUGCUGUCGGCAGCAGCCUAACGGCUAACGGCAGCCAGAUAACGACGUUACCCGGAAGCUCGAAUAGUGAUUAUAGUCCGCGAGCACCCUGCCAGGAUCUGGACACAAUCAAUCUGUAGUGUGGAUCCGCCGUCAACCUAGAGUACGAUGUGCUUUUACGAGUGAAUGUGUGAGCGGGUUGGGUGUGUGUGCGAACAAAGUAUUUCCGUUUUCUAGUGAACACAAGGACAAAAGUUACCUGUUUGAGUUAAGCUGAUCUUAAUAAGUUUGUAAUGAAACAAAGCGGAUGUAGUUCCUGAGUUGAAUCAAUUUCGGGAGAAAGAAAGUUUGGUGCAAUGUGAUGAAUAUUA